CGGUUUUGGAGGUCAUUCUUCCAUCCACCGCCACCAUCGCCCGUCGCCGCGCCCUCGCCGCGGCCUCCGACGAGUCCUGGGGUUGUCCUCGUCCGCUCUGAGCCUUCAUCUACCGCGCCUUCAUCUACCUCAUCAUCGUCAUCGUCAUGCUGCUUCUCUCUCGCUGCGUCGCGUGUCGAGACGACGCGUGCGACUCGCCGCGCAUGGACAGCCAGCUCCUUGGCCCGAGCUCGCCGUCGCGCAGAGACUUUGGCUACCAGACGCUCAACUUGUCGAGCCGCGCGCCGUUCCCGGAGGCGCCCAGCGCGCGUGACUUGUACCGCGCGAGCAUGCAACAGCCUCGCCGCAGCACGGGCACGUCGCCGUUCUGGCUUGACCUCGACGUCGCGAGCCUCCCCGAGGCGACGCGUGGGCCGUGCGAGACGUUCUGCCAGCCGCAAAACUGGUCGUCUGCGUUUGCAUCGCCUCUGGACUUUACGCUCAAGGCGUACGAGGCCAAGCCGUCGUCCAAAGGGCGGUACGCGUACACGCUCGCGAUCGUGAGCCUCGCCAAGCCGAAGGACGAGCCGCACAAGGUACGCCAUGCGCCGACACCGCCCUACUCGCAGCCGACGUACGCCAACCACUACAACAAGUACGUCGUGCACCCGCGGCUCUGCGACGCGUUCUCGGCAGCGUGCCACUGGUCCAACGCGUGGGUCAAGACGGAAAAAGUGCAGCACGUGGCACUUGUGCGCAAGACGGAGGCCGAGAUCAAGUCGUUCGUCCACACCAUGGCCUUUCGCCUGCCGGGCCACAACGUCGCCGCCAUGUUCAAGCACAAGCUGUCCAAGACAACAUCGCUUGAAGCCCGCGCCGAAGCCGUCGUGGAAGUGCUCUCGUACAUCCUCAGCAUCUCGCACCUCGGCGUCGACCGCCUCGUGCCGCUCAAGGAGCCCGUGCCGCAGGACAUGCGCGUCCGGCUCUUCUUGGAGCUGGCGUGGGGCGCUGGCUUGGGGCCGACACCGACAGGCUCCAACUCGUGCGACGGUCGCCUCGAGUCGCGCGAUCGGCUCGGCCUGCCCACCGAGUGGCUCAUGGAUAUACUCAAGCCGUCGGCGUCGGCGUCCGCGCUGCCGAGCAAGUCGGUGCCGCCGCCCAUGACGCUGCUGACGCCGCCGUCCUGUACGCUCUACGUGCCGCCGCACGAGUGGCGCAAGCGGGCCACGCCCGGUGCGUUUACGGUUCAAGUGUCCCAUAUCCACGUGACGAACGCGGUGCAGUAUACGCUGACAGUCCUCUUCCACGACGCGUACGACUCGCCCGGGUCGGCCUCGGUCGCGCGCCGGUACAGUGACUUCUAUGCGCUCGCAUCGCAUCUCGAGGCCAAGACGGCGCUGCCGGUUGUUGCCCUCCUCCCGCCCAAGACGCUCUUUGCGUCCACGGACGUCCGCUUUGUCGAGCACCGAAGCGUGCGCCUCCAGCAGUUCCUCAACGCCGUGCUGGGUCUCUCGUUCACGGGGAUGCUCGACCAGAUCAUCUCGAUGGCCGCCGAGCCGCGCGUCCGCGCCUUCUUGUCGCUGCCGGUGGUGCAGUGGAACGUCGUGCCACAAGCGUCCAUGCCGCUGGAUCGCAUGGACCGCUUCCGCGCCUUCUCCAACUCGCCGACCGUGUCGAGCUCGGCGUCACCGGCCCGCAAGAAGCUCGCCGACGUCGACAAGAUGCUCCGUGAGGCCGACCGUCAUGAUCAUGACGACGACGACGACGAUGACGCGCACCAGCUCGUCGCGCUCGAGGCGUCGCCCUAUUUUAUGCCAGCUCGGCGCGCGACCAACCCGCCCGCUGUGCGCGCCGGUGCCGCCUAAUAUAGUACUAUAAUACCUUAUCUAUUAUACUCUACUAG